AUUUUAUACGUAACUAAACUCGACAGAACUUCAGAAGCAAGAAAAUGGCAAUGUUGCGAUCUUUGGGUAAUUUGAGCAAAUUUUCAGUAAGACAUGGAGUAUUUAGACCUGGCUUCUUCCAAGGGAAAAAUCUGUGUUCCGCCGCUGCCGCAGAGAAUGUCAAUAGUACCAGCACAUAUAACAGUAACAGGCCUUUGAUUGGUCAAGCAGAGACCAUGAUGGAUAUUGGAACGAGGCCUAUCUUCAGUGAGGAACAUGAUAUGUUUAGAACCAGUGUCAGGAGAUUCUUCCAAGAGGAGGUAGCCCCAAACCAGGACAGGUACGAGAAACAGAGGGUGGUGGAUAAAGAGUUAUGGGAAGCUAUGGGUUCAGCUGGAUUGCUUGGUGUUGACAUCCCAGAGUCUCAAGGAGGAAUUGGAGGAGACCUGUUAAUGACUUCAAUAGUUUGGGAGGAACAAGCUUAUGUAAAUUCAGCUGGUACAGCCUUCCCCAUGCAUAGUGACAUAGUCAUGCCGUACAUAAGUCAGUAUGGUACCCCAGAACAGAUUGAAAAGUUCAUACCUGCAAUGACAGCUGGAACUAAAGUGGGUGCCUUGGCAAUGACUGAACCUGCAGCUGGAAGUGAUCUACAAGGUAUCAAGACUUCAGCCAAGAAAGAUGGAGAUGAUUAUAUUCUGAAUGGGAGCAAGGUGUUCAUCACAAACGGUUACCUUUCUGAUGUGGUGGUUGUUGUAGCCAUCACAGAUCUUAAUGCUCAGAAGAAAGCUCAUGGCAUCAGUCUUUUCUUGGUAGAGGCUGGUAUGCCAGGGUUUACCAAGGGUAAACCACUGGAAAAGGUUGGACAGAAGGCUGUGGAUACUUGUGAGCUUUUCUUUGAGGAUGUACGCCUUCCAGCCAGUGCAUUGUUAGGUCCAGAGAACCAAGGUUUUUAUAUGCUGAUGAAUCAACUUCCUAGAGAGAGGCUUAUUAUUGGAGUUGGUUGUCAGGCACACACUGAGUUCAUGUUUGAGGAGACUAGGAACUAUGUCAGGCAACGUAAAGCAUUUGGGAAAACGCUUGCUAACAUCCAGACAAUCCAACAUAAGCUAGCUGAGCUGAAGACAUUGAUCUGCAUUGGAAGGAGCUUCCAAGAUGAUUGCCUCAGACUGGCUGCAGAAGGCAAACUAGACACGUUUACUGCAUCUAUGUCAAAGUACUGGGGUUCAGAUGUCAUUAACAAAGUAUCAACAGAAUGCCUUCAGCUUCAUGGUGGAUGGGGUUAUAUGUGGGAGUAUGCGAUUGCCAGAGCUUAUUGUGAUGCGAGAGUUGGUGCCAUUUAUGGUGGUAGCAAUGAGAUUAUGAAGGAACUCAUCUACCGACCCAUCAUAGCCUCCGAUUAAAAGGAGAGGAUCUGCUUUAACAAUACGUGCCAUUAAGUCUUUUCAAUAAAGGUUUAUAUUUAACCCAUUCCAAGUGCAGAUAUUUUAUUGCCAGUAUGAUGUAUUAUUGAUUAAUUAUGAUUAAUAAUGCAAGUCUGCUCUUAUGUGAAGGGAUGUAAUAUAUAUUAUUGAAUCAAAAUCAAUAUUACUCAUAUAUCCAAAGUUAAUAUUAUUGGUUUCAUAGUAUAUUAUAAAACACCAACCUUGAAUAACAAACAAAUAUCAUUAUAGAAUUCAACAUGAUGUAAUUUGUCAAAACUAUUAUAUAUUCAACUGAUGAAUAGUAAUUCUUAUUAAUUUACUUACAUUGUCAAAACAUUUAUAGUUCAGAUUAAUUAUGCAAUUCAGGUAUUUUAUCUUUAACUGUUUUUAGUUGAUUUGAUAUAUUUGAUAUAUUUAAAUUGUAUGCAAAUAUUUGAUGUUUACAAGUGCAGUCGUCCCAAAUAUUACAUGAGCGUGCAAGUUGAGUCUAUUCAACAUCAUCAGGCAGAGUUGGAUAGACUGAUUUAACUUGCACCAUAUGUAAUAUUUGAACGGUCAAGGGAUGACUAAACAUUGAAUAUAUGUUUUGUAUAAUGCACGAUGUGCUUAGUCUUACUAGACCAAAAUAUACAUUGAACGUUAGGCCUAUAGAGGAAUAGGACUAGAAGUAAAUCUUGUAGAAAUAUAGCCUACCCUUAGCAUUUUAUUUUGCUAAUUUUAUAUGCGUGUGGUGUAUGUUGUACAGUUAAUGCGGGUUGCGGGUACGAUUAUGCAGUUUGUGUAGGUGCAGGCCAUGGUACAAAUGCUCAUUGAUUUUGGUAUCCUAUUGCACUGCCGGCUCUCUUGCUCGAGUGUGCAAUAUGCAUCAUGUGUUGGCAUGCUACAGCUGUUUCCUCUGAAUGCCAUAUGAUGUGCAUUAAUCACCUGUGGAGGAUCUAUGUAUG